AGUUUAUUUUGAAGGUACGGUGAAGUGUAAGGUAUUUGAGAGCAUGGCGUCAUUUUUAGGAUGGAAAGGGGGGGAGUCCUGGAGAGUGAAGAAGUAGGAUGGAAGUGAGUGUGAUAGAGAUAGUGCAUGAGAGGAGGUGGGAGUGAGAUGGAGCGUUGAGCUAGAACGGUCGAUGACAGAAUCUUAUCUGAAAACUUGCGCGGGCCGAACGCAGAGCCCCGCAGCUCAGUUCCAAACAUUUGCUCAAACUGAAACAAGUCCUCGCGGUUGUUAUCAAUAGUCUCUACAAUAUUAAUUAGUAGAAUUUGAUUACUAUAUUUAUAAACAAUAAUUCAAUCUGUAUUGUUUUGGUGUAAAAGUAUUGAGUUGAUUGUAUGAAAAAUAAGUGUGUAAUAGUUUUAUUUUUAUUUUAAAAGUGUGUUUGCUGCAUUUUAGAGCACGUUUUUUUGGCACUCUUGGAAUUAGAUUGUGAUUUAAGUAGGAUCAUAAUGCCGAAAAUAAAAUCAGAGAAAAGGAGCGAGAAAGAAGUGACUGAAAAUGGAGAAAAAAAAUCGUCGAACGGCUGGGGUCAGGGAGGCCAACUAUUCGGCACGGAAGCCACCGAAAACACAUUCCAAGGAGCAGGAUUCAAGGAUAAGGAUAAGGCACAGGAGACCCUUCGUCUGUUGGAUGGACGGGACCCUCCCUAUCAGUUUCAAAUCAUCAACUCUAUGUACAACAGGGCAAAAGUCAUCUAUAAGCGGACUACUGACAAGGACAAACGCCACAACCUCAACGAAGCCAUAGACGUUUUCGAAAAAUGGAUAGACGACUACAAAUCGCACAGUCGAUCCAAAGAGAACUUCAGCUACCUGCCGCUGGAGCUGAUGGAAGAUUACUUGCCACUUGCCAAACACUACAAAAUCUCCGACACUUUCCUCAUUGCCUUCAAACAAGUCGACGGUGAUAUCAAGAAGUUGCGCAUGAAAAAAGUACCUGAGACAGAAAUCACGUGGGAUAUAGAACGCAACAGGAAUCUGAGAAAGUUGAACGAAAAUAUUCGCUCGAAUUAUCUGCAGCUUUUCGAAACUGACGAGCCGUUGAGGGGUCUGCCUUCUAAGGAACACACUGAGAUGAUAUUGUGGGGCUACAGCAACGAUAGCACCAAAAUUAAGAAGUGUAUUCCACUGAUAAAAGAAAAAAUUGAUGAUUAGUUGAAGCUAUUCAAACCCAGAUUCGAAUUUAUUUAUUUCAUCAAUCACAAAAACAAUCUUAGAAGAGUCAAAGAUUUGAGAUAUUAAACAAAUUUUGUAAUUAUGUUUUGUUUGAAGCUCAAUCAGAAAUCAGAUUGAUGUUUUCUGUUUUCUAUUCGUCACGUAUCACCGUCAACUUGAAGUAAUUAAACCAAUUAUAAUUAUGUUUUGUAUCAAGGACAAUCAAAUUUAUUUGUCAAUUCUUGUAUCACCAAAGAACCUAAUGAUUGAUGGUUAUAGUUGUGCACCAUUGGGAAAGCAUGUAGAGUUCCUGAAUUCUUGUUCUCUUAUCCUAUGGUUGUACCGCCUGCUGCUUUGUGUAAUACCUACAGUCAGAUUUAUGUUGAUCUAUAUGUAUCACCAGUCCUGUCAGUGUUGAUUGGAGGAACUUGAUAAGAUGUUUUGUAAUAAUAAAAAAAAUGUAUGAUAUAAUUUUUAUGUAUGUAUCAAGGUCAAUCAAUGACAAACAUGUUGGAUGUUAUUUUUAUAGGUAUUGAAUUUUGAAAAUAUUUGUAGAAGAAUAAUUUUAUUCACAUCCAUGCAGGCCGUGGAUUGGGGGGUAUUCAUCCGCAGGAACCUCCCCCGUUCCACUACCCCUACCCGGAAAAGAAAAAUGUUGGAGUUUUCAAUUGAAAACAGUUUUUAAGAGCUUUAUCUUCUAUUAUUCAUUAGAUUUUUAGAUUUGUCCAUUUAAAUGCCAAGCCUAAUACUUAUUUCUGUGCCCUCAACAUUUUUUUCAAACACCACAUAGAAAAAAGUUGGGGGGGGGGGCGAUCGCCACAAUUGCCUCCCCCUCAACUGGAAUCGCAUCAAUGUAUAUCACAUGCAACGUUAGUAGACAGUCUACUAACUUAUUUGUAUCACAUUAUGAUGUCUACUAUUAUUUUCAUGUUGCACAUCUAAUGUGAAGUGGUAUUAUAACUAUCAUAAAUUUAUUAAUAUGAAAAUUAUGUUGUGUUUAUGUUCUUUGACUCCUGAAAUUUGAAUAAUGAAUCUCAUAAAUCAAUUUUAUUUGUGUUCUAUUUUCAAUGUGAAAUGAAUAAAUUUGACUGAUUAUGAGUGAAUAAUUUUAAUGGAUACUUUAAUGAAUGAAUUAAUGACCCAUUCAUUGGCACCUAUAAUGCAUUGAUUUCUCAAAUUUCCUUAUAAUAAAUACUGCGGCUACUGUUAGAUUCACCAUCCAUUAAAAUUACAAUAUUAUAAGUUUGAAGCUUAUUCAUUACGCUCACUGCUAAUUUUUUAAAGCAUUUUUUAAAUUUCAUUACUAUGUGAAUGUUGAAUUCAUAAUCAAUCUGGCAUUCAAUUCAGUUUAAUUUUUUCACUCGUAUAUUUUUCAUUUAAUUUUUAAUUUUUCAUCCAAUUAAACAUAAAAUUCUAUUCUGCUAGUUCAUUGAUUUAUUGAAUUAAUACUCAAAACUAUAAUCGCUCUACUAAGCUUGUACAUUGAGAUUUUUUGUUUUUAUAAUGAAUAAAGUAUAAUUAUUAUAAUA